AUGGGAGGAAUAUUCGAGGCUUUUGAAGUCUACAACAAGAAAAAACACGCAUCCAAUCCACACAUGUUUGGUGGAGCGUCUAACACGGGCGGAACAAAGACUGAUUACGUGUAUUCCAGUGAAUACCGGGCUCCAAAGUCCAAGAAACUCGACAAUAACGAACUUUUGGGCACUUCCACCGCAGACACGGGAAUAGAGAGUAAUUCGUCGACAGCAGCAGCAGCAGCAGCCGCUUUGGGCGGUCCACACAUGGUGGACGUGUCGAAGCUUUCUAGGCGCGAAUUGGACGAUUUGAUGAAAACCUUGCGCAAGGGCGAGCCCGACAAUAGGGUGAACUUUUGA